GUUGUCUCGCCAAUCAGGAAGCAGCAACAAAUCUAGCAAGCGCGGGACGACUAGCGACAUCUGACACAGUUUAUGCGACAACGAGCUGCUCCUAAUGAAUCAUUUCUUUUACAGAUGGCAGAACCUGCUAAAAAGAAAAGGCUCAGUCAUGCUCACAGCAGUUCACAAACGCCUGGUGUCAGUUCGUGGGCCGCUGAACAUAGGUCCGGCGGAGACAAACGCUUCGUGGAAGGAUCCAUAGUCCGCAUCACUAUGAAAAACUUCCUAACAUAUGACUUCUCUGUGGUACACCCUGGACCAAACCUAAACAUGAUUGUUGGAGCCAAUGGCACUGGCAAAUCCAGUAUCGUGUGUGCUAUUUGCUUGGGUCUGGCUGGAAAGACCGCUGUAUUGGGCAGAGGAGACAAGGUAGGGCUGUAUGUCAAGCGAGGAUGUCCCAAAGGAUCCAUUGAGAUCGAACUGUUCAAAAGCAGUGGCAACAUUGUAAUUAAUAGAGAGAUUCAUGUAGAAAACAAUCAGUCUUCGUGGAUGAUCAAUGGUAAACACUGCAAUCAGAAAACUGUGGAAGAGGAAGUGAAGUCCCUACGCAUCCAAGUCAGCAACCUUUGUCAGUUUCUACCACAGGAAAAAGUUGGAGAAUUUGCCAAAAUGUCUAAGACUGAGCUGCUUGAAGCAACAGAGAAAUCAGUUGGUCCACCAGAGAUGUAUGCAUACCACUGUGAGUUGAAGAACUUCAGAACCAAAGAAAAAGAGUUGGAGAAUGCUGUAAAAGAAAAGGCCAAUUUUCUCGAAAAGGCCAAGUUGAGGAAUGAGAGAAAUAAGCAUGAUGUGAAUCGCUACUAUGAGAAGAAAAGGCAUCUGGAUGUGAUUGAGCUGUUGGAGAAAAAGAGGCCUUGGGUGGAAUAUGAGACUGCCAGAUCUGAUCUGGAGGUUCUGAAGAGAGAACGCGAAGAGGCUAAGAGGCAUUUGAACACUCUGAAACAAGCACAGGCUCCAAUGAGGAAAAGAAUUCAACAAAUAGAAGAUAAACUGAACCCAAUAGAGGCACAGAUUAAGAACAAGACACUUGACAUCAAAGAUGCUUCAACAAAAUCCAAGCAAAAACAAGAUCAGUUGGACCGAAAACACAAAGAGAUUGAGGACAUAAAACAAAAUCUGAAAAUAAAACAAACUGAAGUGGAGGACCAUCAGAAGAGGGUCAGUAACACACGUCGGGCCAUUGAUGACUUGAAGGCACAAUUGGCCAAAGUGUCAGAUCAGCCCGAUGUGACCCCGAAGAUCAAUGAGGUGAACAUGGAGCUAAGGCGCAUUCAGGUGGAGCGGGCCAAGAUCGAAGGACAGAAGGGAGACCUGCGCAGAGAAAAGGACAACCUGUACUCUGAGUACAAAAUGUUGGAGAAGAAGCUGAAUGACAUGAACAACAUGAUGAAUGCAAAGGAGGAGAAAUUACGUAAUCGCCACAAAGACACUUUUGCAGCUCUGCAGUGGCUUAGAGAGCACAAACAGAUAUAUGCAGGAAAUGUUCAUGAGCCAAUGAUGCUUGUUAUCAAUGUGAGGGACCCACAAUAUGCGAAGUAUGUAGAAACGCACAUCUCUUUCCAGGACCUUCGUGCCUUUGUUUUCCAAAGAAAAGACGACAUGGAGAAGUUUAUGGCUGAGGUUCGUGAUAAAAUGAACUUGAAGGUAAACUCCAUUUGUGCCCCUGAAGAGUCUCGUUCUCAUCAAAAUCCAUCCAGAAAUAUUGAGUCACUGAGGCGGUUUGGAUUUUUUUCCUACCUCCGUGAAAUGUUCGAUGCUCCUGAAGAGGUCAUGAGUUACCUUUGUCAUCACUACAAAGUCCAUGACGUCCCAGUGGGCAACGAACAGACAAAAACAAUGAUAAAAACAAUAAUUGAGGAACCUUACAUCAAAGUGUUGUACACCAAAGAGGAGAGAUAUCAGGUCAAAAAGUCUGUUUAUUCAAACAACACCAUCACUGUCAACUCUGCAUUGAAUCCAUCUCAGUAUUUGAUGAUAGCAGUGGAUGCUGAGGAAAAACGUCAGUUGGAGGAGCAAAUGAGGACUUGUCAGUCUAGGAUGAAGGACAUUGAUGAGAGACUGAAGUCUCUGCAGAAAGAAGCCUCGGCAUUAGAUCGCCGAGACAAUGAGCUUUUGGCCGAGAAGAAGCAGCUGUCUGAACUAAAAGGAAAGAAGAGGCAACUGGAGCAGAAAAUCAGCACCAAACUAGACUGUUUAAGGCAGAUGGAGAACAGUGCAAUUGACCUGCGGAAGAUUGAAGAAGAGACUAAAGAGAAAAUUGCUGCCGUCAAUGUCCAAAAAGUGUCCAUUGUUACAUCUUUGGUGGCCUAUAUGAAGCAAAGAGCCACGCUGACGAUGGAAAAGGUGUAUCUGAUCUUGGAGACUGUGGGUUUGACAGCGGAGAAGGCACAGCUGGAAAGUGACUACAGAGAAGGAGCCUCUGAGUUCAGAAUCACUGAGCAAAGGUGCAGUCGCUUGGAUCAGAGGAAGAUUCAACUGACUGAGCAGUGCAAAGGCAUGAUGAAAAGAGCCAGAGAAAUCUGUCGGAUGAUGCCAGAUCAGUCACUACCGGAUGACUUGCGCAAUGCUUUUACUAAAUUGCCUGAUACAGUGGAUGAGAUUGAUGCCAUGCUGAACGAAGAAAGAUCCAGAGCAGAAUGUUUCACUGGACUCAGUGAAAAUGUUGUAGAUGAGUACAACCGACGUGAGCAGGAGAUCAAACACCUGGAGAAGGAAUUUGAAGAAAAAACCCGGAGUUUGACUGAUUACAGGCAGAAGAUUUCAGAGGCUAAAGAGCGCUGGCUGAACCCUCUGAAGCAGCUGGUGGAACAAAUUAAUGACAAGUUCAGUGACUUUUUCCGUUCCAUGCAAUGUGCUGGGGAGGUUGAUCUGCACUAUGAGAAUGAGGAAGAGUAUGAUAAGUACGGAAUCAGGAUUCGGGUGAAGUUUCACAGCAGCACACAGCUCCAUGAGCUGACAGCCUACCACCAGAGCGGAGGGGAGCGCAGCGUCUCCACAAUGCUCUACCUCAUGGCUCUACAGGAGCUCAACCGAUGCCCCUUCAGAGUGGUUGAUGAAAUUAACCAGGGAAUGGAUCCAGUAAAUGAAAGACGGGUCUUUGAUAUAGUGGUCCGGACUGCAUGUAAAGGGACGACAUCCCAGUAUUUCUUUAUUACACCCAAACUUCUCCAGAACCUGCAGUAUGCUGAGGAGAUGACCAUCCUGUUUGUUCAUAAUGGCGCCUACAUGCUACCUCCGGCCGAGUGGAAGGAGAAGUCAUUCAUCAAACGAUGUCUUGCAAGAAAAGCUAGAGUUUGAACUGUUCUGUGAGUUUAAAUCAGAUUAUUCACUUGUUCACUUUAAAGUGAUGUUACUUUAUUUUAAAAGACAUUUUGUAUACAGUAGAGAACUUAUUUAGGAUUGAGGGUUACUGUUUUGCUUGUUGUUGUUGCUUUUCAAUAAAUAAAAUAUAUUUGUGGA